UAUAUACAUAUAUAUAUGUAUAUAUAUAUAUAUAUAUAUAUAUAUAUGAACAUAUACAUGCUCUAGUUAGUCUUCUGCACAAAUGAUGAUAUAUUUAAAGAGUUUAUAGCGAACAAAUGCCAAAAGGGUGAUGUGAGAUAUAGGGAGCGUUUCAUCCAGCUAAGUAGGAACUGCAGAAGUUAUUUCUUCAUCUCGUUGUUGUUGUUGAGUUAGUUGGUUGGUUGGUUGCUGGGAGCUGUCUUCACGACCACACGGAUUCAUCCUCGUCGUCUUCAUCUUCCUCUUCUUCUACCGAUUUCUCUUGCUGCUGUUUGUUUUUAUUCAAUCGAAAGUCUUCAUAGAUUGUUCACUUGAGUUUGCAAAAUAAACUGACAAGAUGUCGAACUUUGUGAACAAAGCCAUCACAACAAAUCUGAACGACCUGAAAUCGUCGCACCUCUAUCGAUCGCUCGUCUGCGAGUUCAUUGGAACGUUUAUCCUCAUCUUCAUGGGAUGCUUUUCCAUCAUCACCUGGAACAGAAGUGAACCACCUUCCCUGGUCGCCAUAGCCCUCUGCUUCGGCAUCAUCAUCGCCAUCCUCGCAACAGCAUUUGGCGGCAUCAGUGGCUGCCACAUCAACCCCGCCGUCAGUUUGGGAUUUCUCGUCACUCGUCGCAUAAGUUUGAUCAGAUUUCUUCUCUACGCCAUUGUGCAGGCGGCAGCAGCCAUCGCAGGAGCCAAACUUCUGUACGAGUUGACGCCGGAGGGACCCAGGCGGGAGUUGCAAGUCGUCGUCAUGCCGCUGCCCGGCAUAUCAGACAGCAACGCAGCCUUUGUCGAAUUCUUUCUGACUUUCCUGCUGAUGUUCACCGUGUACGCCUGCAUUGACGGAGGGAAGCCUGUUGCUCACGGGACGGCUCCGUUCAUCAUCGGUCUCAGCGUCACCACUGGAGUCUUCUCCGCUGGUUUGUACUCAGGUGGCUGUAUGAAUCCCAUCAGAGCACUUGGACCGGCCGUCGUUCAAAACUAUUGGAGACAUCAUUGGGUGUACUGGGUGGGACCAAUGAUGGGGGCGGUCGUGGCAGCCCUUCUCUACGACCUUCUCUUCGACACAGCUGCAUCUCUCAGAAAGCUGAAAUUGUUCUUCACGAGUUUGGACUACGAUGCCAACUCAUUCUACGUGAAACCCAGGGAAAAGAUCGACGCCAGCGAUUUGGAAAAGUUAAGAAGUUAAUUCCUCAAAAACAUUUGUGGUGUAAAAAGUUAUUCUGUGUUCGAAAUUUAUAUGCGCGUGCAUGCAUUGCCUAUUGACAAUUUUUCUUACGCUCACACACACACGACACACACGCACAUCCACAAACAUUUAGACGUAUGUAGAAGAGUACAUAAGCAUGCAUACAAACACAUACAAACAAACUCCUACAUCAUCAAGGGAUCAUUUUAUACAAGAUAAACAUAAAACAUAUUACACAUCAGCCAAUAGCAUGCAUACAUUAACUUUUUAUAACACUUUUAAUUUAUUUUCACAUUACACUUUUAUGCAUCGAAUGUCUUGAAAAUUAAGCACAACGAUUUCUAUUUGAAUAUGCAUUAAAUCAUGUAUGAGAUGUACGAAUAUAAAUUUUAAUACUUUUGUAAAAUAUAUUCUAAAAAUAUUUAAAUUAUGAAUUUUAGUUAUCGGGAUUACAUUUGUUAGCUUGCACUUUAAGUUUCAGGUAACAGAGAUUUCUGCAUUCAAGUUUGUUGAAAUAUUAAAUUUUGUAACGAUUCACCAAUUGUUGCGAAUGUUGUGCUUAAAUGGUUCUUCAACAUUUAUAUAACUUAUUUUCAUGAAGUCUUAUUUUGUAGCUUAUUAUAUCUUGCUUUGUUUGGAGGAAUAAAAUAUAUUUGUGCAUAAACGCGUGAAAAUAAACGUUUGAGUUCAUGCUGUCACUUGAUUUUACAAUGUUGGAUUAAUUGUUAUGAAAAUAAAUUUGAAAUAACAAUGUUUUGAAACAAUUUUACUGUUUGGGAGUCAAUUAAAUCAAGUUAAAAAGUUGGUCCGAACGA